AUAAGUAAGCAAGUAGUUAUCUAAAAUCAAAAGCUAGUAUUUCAAUAGAUAAAAAUGUCAGUAUUUUAGUUUGAUUAGUUCAAUCAAAAACAAAUAUAAAUAAAUUAAGCUAUUGAAGACUAGUAUAGAUAAAUUAAAUAUCCUCCUUAGUAAGGAUUGAUCUAAAAUUAAUAUGUGGCUCAGCCUGAUUAAGAAAAUCAUAAUUAAAAUAAUCAAAUGAUAAAUAGAUAAAUGGCUUAACCUUCAAUAGAAUAAAGUUCUUUUUAAUAAAAUCUGUUUCCUGAUGAUUAAAGAAGCGUUAUGACAAAUUAUCCAAGUCCCAUUACAAAAGAAUAUUAGCUUAGUUAGCUAUAAAUGAGUACCCCAGUAUAAUCAAAUACGAUAGCUUAAAAUUAGAUCUAAUAAUAGUAAAUAUAUGGUGGAGCUGCUUAAAUAAAUCCGAAAACUCUACAAAACUAAUAACAAAUUAAUACAGCAAUGAUAAAUAGCUAACAUACACUUAAUCCUACAAUAAACAUACAUACAGAAAGAGAUUAAAAUCUUUUAUAGGAUGAAGGCGGCGUUUCAGCAGUUAAUUAUUGUACUGAAUAAAAUGGAGCUAGAAUAAGUCAAUGGUCUUCAUACACCAAUAAGUGUCAUCCACAAAACCUAUUAAAUUCAGUUAGAAGUACCAUAUGGAUGUCAGAAGAAGGGCUUCCCUAAAGUGUAGUUGUCGAUUUAUCAAAUUUGUAAUAAAAACCUAGAUAUUUUAAGUGUGUUGGAUUUGAUUGCUGGCAUGAUUAUUCAACAAAUCCUGCAGUCAUCGAAAUUUCAGUAUCUACUGAUGGAUCUAAUUUCGUUACUUGGGCCACACUAAGGGCAGAAUUAAAAGCUGGCGUUCAACUUUUUUCGAUAGAUAAUUUAGGAAAAAGAUAUAACUUUAUUAAAUUUAAUGUGAAAGAAACUCAUGGUGCGAGUAAAGUCUAUAUGAAUAGGUUAUAUAUUUUAGAAGAUAAUCCUUUGGUCAAACUAAAUAAAUUAAGCAAUCUUACACAGUAAAGUUUAGUACAUCAGACUGAAGUAAUAUCUCCCACUAAUAAAAAUAUGAGCAUUUCCCAAAAUACUAACUCAAAAGAUCUUCUUUAAAUACGUACAAGUCCUAUUCAGUAUUUAGAUAUACAAACAUAGAGCUCUCCAUAAAAUAUGACUUUACUAAAUUUUUCAAACCAGCAAACUUAAUAAACCAUAUAAAGGAGAAGUCCUUCUAAUAAUUAAUUUUCUGGCUAUAAUCCAUAAUAAUAUGUUUAAUACUAAAAUAAUAUUGUACCAAUGGAAAACUAGAAUUUUAGCUAUUAGGAUGAUUAACCUUAGCAAUAUUAGUAGAACGUUUAGCAUAAAGGACCUUAAUAAGAUGCUUUGAUGGGUUAAUAGCAGAUGACCAAUACCUUUUAAGUGAAUAAUCAUAAUAAUUAAUCAAAAUUUUAAUUUAAUAAUAGUGGAGUAGAUGAAGAUUAUAAAAUAAUGAGUGGUAGUAUGAUUAAUAAUAAUUAGGUAAGCUAUUAGAACUAUAAUAUAGUCCCAUAAGAUUAUUAAAGAUAAAACAUAAUGGAGGAUACAAGAAGUAUAUUCGUGGAUCCAAACAAUAAUAGCCUAAACUAAAUGUACCAACCCCAUUAGAUUGUGGAUAAUAUUAUGUCUUUUUCUGCUUAAAAAAACAAUUAAAACAAUUUAAGCAAUAAUGCAACUUCUAACUAACAAGAAUUUGAUAAAUAUGUAAUUCCUAAUGAAUUUUACUCUGUUAAAAACUAACACCUUAAAAACUCUUAAAGUCAAGUAGCUCAACAUAAAUCAUAGGAAGGAAAGAGGAUCAUAAAUAAUUCUAAUUAAUAUUAGAAUACUGCUGAUUUUAAUGCAGAUAAUAAGUCUUUGUAAGAUGGAUAUGAGUAAAAUUAUAGAAUAUAAAGCAAUCCAAAGUCACUUAAAAGCUCAGGAUAGAUCUCAGUACAACCUGUACAUCAGAAUGAGAGAAUAGCUUGGGUAAAUAUGGAAUAAAAGUAUAAAGAAGAAAUAAACAAAUUGCAAACUGAGUUAUAUACUGCAAAAUAGUAAAUUGUUAAUUUGGGAAUGAUUGUUGAAAAAAUGUAAGACACAAAGAAUGCAUUAAUAGAAAAAGUAGCAUUAAUAGCUGAGAGUUUAAGUCUUUUUAAAGAAGAAGUGCACGAGAGAUUACAUAACGUAGAAAAAGAUGUAGCUUAUGUAAAUAAUCAUUAAUUAACUUAAGGGGAAAAGCUGCUAAAAGAAGAUUUACUUUUUUCAAAUAAUAAAAAUGGAAAUGCAACUCCAUCCUAAAAGUAAGAACCUCAAAAAAGUACAACUGCUGCAACCCUUAAUACAAAAUAAGACAUACUUGAAAAGUAUUUGCCAAGAAAGAACUCCUCAUAUCACCAAUCUUCAGUUAGUCCUCGAUAAGAAUUAGCAUAUGACCAAGAGAAGUCUAUUUCAAAUAUUGUCAAUAAUGUAUUAGACAAAAAGCUUUAAGAGUUGGAGUAAAGCCUUUCUAAGACUUUGCUUAAAAGCUUAAACUAAAUAUAACAAGCUUAGAUUGAAGCUGGUGAAAAACAAACAGCAUCCCCUAAGGAGCCAUAAAAAGAAACUAAUCACUAGAAUUAAUUAUCUGGAAAAUCUUCUUUUAACUAUUAAAAAUACAACUCACCUUCAUCAACUAAUAGAUAGUAUUAAAGUAUUAGAGAUUCCUAAAUGAACACUUAAUAGCCCAAUUAAAUUAUUUUAAAUGAUCCACAAUUUAAUUCAAAUGGAUUCAGCCAAAUGAAAAGCAAAAGAGAAGGAGAGUAAAUAUAUAAUAAUAAUAAUGACUAAGAUUAUACCUCACUACAUUACUUUAAUAGAUCUGCUCUUUCAGGAAUUUAAGUUUAAGAUCAAAAGAAUACAAGGGUUAUUUAAUUAUUAGAUAAACUUUAAGCUAAACUUUCACAAAGGCAAUCGAAAGUUGAAGAAUUGAACAAAAAAGAAAAGUUACUUAAAAUGAAAUAUAAAGAUAAGUAAAAAGAAGUUAUUUAAGAUAAAGAAAAUAGAAUGAGAGUCAAAAACGAUAGAAAAGAAAAGGCUGUAAAAUAAUUAUUCAGUGACACAUCAGAUAUUCUCGAUUAUUGA